AUGAUGCAUCGAAUUAUCGUCACUUUUCCCUAUCAUGUCUUAAAUUGCAUUUUUAUCGCUUCGCAGGGCAAUGAAAAAAAAAGAGAACCAAGGGAAAAGACAAGAGAUUUAUCUCAAAAAGCAAAGUUCACUAUCAGGACUACAAGCAAGCAGACAACUACAGUAGAGAGCAAGAUGGGUUACACAUUGGCGAUCGUAGGAUGUGGUGUCAUGGGACAAGCGUUGUUAUCUGCGAUCUACAACGCACCUACCGCUGAAACACAAGAGUUGGAAUCACUCUAUCCAUCGAAGAUCAUCACAUGCAACCAUGACGCUAGAAGCGCUGCCGCUGUUGACGAUCUGUUGAAGACCUUUGGCGUCUCCCCGCAUGGUAUUACGGUCACCUCGACGUAUGAGAAGAACGUCGCCUCUGUCGAGCAGGCCGAUGUUAUUAUUUUGGCCACAAAGCCUUUCUUGGUGAAAGCAGUCCUGGACCAGGUAAAAGACGCCAUCAAGGACAAAUUGGUCAUCUCCCUAGCCACCGGCUGGACCUUCGAACUGUUCUCGCACUACACCAAGUACGUGAGCCGUGUCAUGACAAACACACCAGCCAAAUUCGGCUUCGGCUGUGCUGUCGUAUGCAACUCCGAUGCAGUCACAGAGCACCAGCGGAUGCUGGUCUCCCAACUGAUAAGCCACGUCGGCACCGUGGUCGAGCUUCCAGAGAAGAACAUGGAUGCAGCAACCGCGUUGGUUGGUUCCGGCCCAGCCUUCGUCCUGCUGAUGCUGGAGGCAAUGAUGGAGAGCGGCAUCAAAAUGGGCAUUCCCUUGCGCGAGAGCAGAGAGUGCGCCAUGAAGGUCCUCGAAGGCACCGCCAAGAUGUUGGAAAAGACUGGCGAUCACCCUAGCGUCCUGAAACACCAGAUCUGCACCCCGGGCGGCACCACAAUCGCGGGCCUUUUCACCAUGGAGGAGUUGGGGCUGAAGAGCGCCAUCGUGAAGGGUGUCGUAGAGGCCGCAAACGUCUCUGCUGAGAUUACAAGCAAGAUGUACAAAGAUCUGCAGUCCGACAACUGA